UGCGAAAGGAGCCGGCGUCCGGCCUUGGCCUUCGCCCUGCGCGCGACUGAGCGCGGCGGGACGGUCCAUUGUGUUGGCCCGAGAGGUAGGGGUGGGCGUGGCGGAUCCACGUCCUCGCCGAGCCUUCCCGGGCGCACACCACUUUCGUCCCCAGGGACUGCAGUGCUGAGAAUGAGCGGAGACGGGAACCCGGCCAGCAUGCCCACCCCUGUGCAGGACGUGCAGGGCGACGGGCGCUGGAUGUCUCUGCACCAUCGAUUCGUGGCGGACAGCAAAGACAAGGAACCCGAAGUCGUCUUCAUCGGAGACUCCUUGGUCCAGCUAAUGCACCAGUGUGAGAUCUGGCGGGAGCUCUUCUCUCCCCUGCAUGCACUGAACUUUGGCAUCGGUGGUGACAGCACACAGCACGUACUCUGGCGGCUCGCGAAUGGGGAGCUGGAUCACAUCCGGCCCAAGAUAGUGGUUGUCUGGGUGGGCACCAACAACCACAGCCAUACAGCAGAGCAGGUGACGGGUGGCAUCAAAGCCAUUGUACAACUGGUGAAUAAGCUGCAGCCUCAGGCACGGGUGGUUGUGCUGGGCCUGCUUCCGAGGGGCCAGCACCCCAACCCACUUCGGGAGAAAAACCGGCAGGUAAACGAGCUGGUCCGGGCGGCGUUGGCUGGCUGCCCCCGAGCCCACUUCUUAGAUGCGGACCCUGGCUUUGUACACUCUGACGGCACCAUAAGCCACCAUGACAUGUACGAUUACUUACACCUGAGCCGCCUGGGGUACACACCCGUCUGCCGCGCCCUGCACUCCUUGCUACUUCGUCUCCUGGCUCAGGACCAGGGCCAAGGCACCCCUCUGCCAGAGACCACACCCUAAGCAUCCUUCCUUCCCAUGACAUUAAAUUCUCCUCCUUCUGCCUCUUGUGUCUUGCUUUAUA